UUGUAGUACUCACUCGUUGGUUGGGACUUGGGACCUCACCUCCGAGGUCAACCGGCACGGCAACCCCGCCGGCCUAUAAAUGCUCCCGGCCUUCCUUCCCAUCUCCCAUCACUGCCCACUGCCUCCGUUCCCUUCCCUUCCCCCUCGAACCCAUUAAACAACCGGAGCCGUCCUCCUCCUCCUACCAGAUCUCAGAUCCGCGGAGCUCCCACGCGCCUCCCAUGGCGGUCAAGGUCUACGUCGUGUACUACUCCAUGUAUGGUCAUGUUGCUAAGCUAGCUGAUGAGAUCAAGAAAGGUGCUUCCUCUGUUGAAGGCGUGGAGGUUAAAGUGUGGCAGGUCCCUGAGAUCCUGAACGAGGAAGUCCUUGGCAAGAUGGGUGCCCCACCCAAGACCGACGUGCCGGUGAUCUCCCCUCAGGAGCUGGCGGAGGCCGACGGCGUCCUGUUCGGGUUCCCGACGAGGUUCGGCAUGAUGGCGGCGCAGAUGAAGGCGUUCUUCGACGCGACGGGCGGGCUGUGGAGGGAGCAGAGCCUGGCCGGCAAGCCGGCGGGCGUGUUCUUCAGCACGGGCACCCAGGGCGGCGGGCAGGAGACGACGCCGCUGACAGCAGUGACCCAGCUGACCCACCACGGCAUGGUGUUCGUGCCGGUGGGGUACACGUUCGGCGCCAAGAUGUUCGACAUGGACAAGGUGCAGGGCGGCAGCCCGUACGGGGCCGGCACGUUCGCCGGGGACGGGUCGAGGUGGCCGUCGGAGAUGGAGCUGGAGCACGCCUUCCACCAGGGUAAGUACUUCGCCGGCAUCGCCAAGAAGCUCAAAGGCUCCUCUGCCUGAGUGCAUGAUCCUCGCCUGAUCACCGGUGGUGGUGCUGCUGCUGUUAUCUGUAUCUGUGGUCCUGUGGAGCCUUAGUUUGAUGUGUGAUGUGAACACUGUUAUGUUGAUUAUCUUGGCUUUGAUUGAACCGGUUGUAAAGCUUGUAAGUGGAUUUUGCGUUUCAUAGUGUUAUAUUUUGUCACCGCCAUUGAUAUACACGUAGUAUGUAAUCACGGUGGACCACUUAUAAAAAAGUAUAAUCACGGUGGACCGUGGCACA